GUGGUCUAGGAGAACGGGACCAGGACGCGGAGCUGGACGCGGACACGCGGACGCACGCAUUACGCGCACACGGCUGUUGAUCCGCGGGCGCGGCGUCGCGCACAUAUUAUUGUCUGGAUGAUUUUAUUGUCGUGCGCGUUGCGGCUCCGAGCGACGCGUCUGUGCGGGGAAUGAGGACCAGCGGCCGGGGAGGAACCAGCGAGAGCCCCCUCCCCCGGUAACCAGCACCGGGCUCCCCUCCCCCGGUAACCAGCACCGGGCUCACGGGACACAGCGGAGGCCUCUGGCUGGAGUACUACAACAAGAGUGCCAAGCCGUCCUGCGUGAAGAGCCCAUCCUUCGCUGUGCAGUCUGGGGCUCGGCUCUGCAGCCGGGUCAAAGGUCAGCCCCGCCCCCCUCCCUACUGGAGCCAAGAUGGCCGACAGCGGUGCUCCUCGCCUCUCCUUGCCGCUCCUGCUGCCCGUCACCACUCUGCUGCUCUCACUGCUGCUCACCAGCUCACACGCCGUAUCAUCCCCACGGUUCACCAAAGUCCCCGUGGACCAGAUCGGGGUCUCGGGGGGCGUGGUCUCCUUCGUGUGCCAGGCGACCGGAGACCCCAAGCCGAGGGUCAGCUGGAACAAGAAGGGCAAGAAGGUCAACUCGCAGCGCAUCGAGACCAUCGAGUUCGACGAGGGAGCCGGAGCCGUGCUCAGGAUCCAGCCGCUCCGGGCGCCGCGCGACGAGAACAUCUACGAAUGCGUCGCCGAGAACAGCGAAGCAGAGAUCACCGUCAACGCCAAGCUGUCCAUCAUCAGAGAGGACCUGCUCCCACCCGGCUUCCCCAACAUCGACAUGGGCCCCCAGCUCAAAGUGGUGGAGCGCACUCGGACCGCCACCAUGCUGUGUGCGGCCAGCGGCAACCCCGACCCCGAGAUCACCUGGUACAAAGACUUCCUGCCCAUCGACCCCAGUGCGAGUAACGGGCGAAUCAAACAGCUCCGCUCAGGCGCCCUGCAGAUUGAGAACAGCGAGGAGACGGACCAGGGGAAGUACGAGUGCGUGGCGUCUAACGUGGAAGGCGUGCGCUACUCGUCCCCCGCUAACCUUUAUGUGCGAGUCCGGCGGGUGCCUCCACGCUUCUCCAUCCCACCCACCAGCCAGGAGAUCAUGCCCGGUGGCAGUGUGAACAUCACGUGCGUGGCGGUGGGGUCGCCCAUGCCUUACGUCAAGUGGAUGCUGAACUCGGAGGACUUGACCCCCGAGGACGAGAUGCCGGUGGGCAGGAACGUUCUGGAGCUGAGCAGCGUCCGUGAGUCAGCCAACUACACCUGCGUGGCCAUGAGCAGCCUCGGCAUCAUCGAGGCGGUGGCGCAGAUCACCGUCAAGUCUCUGCCCAAGCCUCCAGGGACCCCGGUGGUGACUGAGACCACGGCCACCAGUGUGACCAUCACCUGGGACUCGGGCAACCCGGACCCAGUGACGUACUAUAUCAUCCAGUAUCGGGCCAAGUCCCCGGACAGCAAGUACGAGACGGUGGACGACAUCACCACGACACGCUACAGCAUCGGGGGCCUCUACCCCAACACAGAGUAUGAGAUCCGGGUCUCCGCCAUCAAUACUAUCGGCCAGGGUCCUCCCAGUGAGCCAGUGGAAACCCGGACUGGUGAGCAGGCCCCUGCCAGUCCACCGCGGAACAUCCAGGCCCAGAUCAUAUCCCAAAACACCAUGAUGGUCCGAUGGGAGGAGCCCGAGGAGCCCAAUGGGCAGAUCAAGGGCUACCGAGUCUACUACACCAUGGACGACUCCCAGCCCACGAGCCUCUGGCAGAUCCACAAUGUCCAGGACAGCAUCAUCACCACGGUCCAGAGCUUGGUUCCUCAAGAGACCUACACCGUCAAGGUCCUAGCCUUCACCUCCGUGGGCGACGGACCCUUCUCCGAGCCCAUCCACGUCAAAGUCCUGCAAGGAGUUCCAGCUCAGCCCUCCAGGUUCCAGGUUGGCGCUGUGUCUGACACCAGCAUCCAGCUGACAUGGGAAGCUGCUUAUGAUAAAGAAGGAAUUGUAAACUAUGAACUUCGCUACAUGGAAGGCCGUUUUGGAACCCAGAUGAAGAAGACCUUUGGGCCCGCCUCGUCAUACGUGGUAGAAAGCCUCCGGCCCCACACCGAGUACCACUUCUCUCUGGCAGCCAUCUCCGCCAAAGGCAUCGGAGCCUUCACCAACGACAUCUCCCAGAAGACCUUGCAAGCCAAGCCCUCCGCCCCCCCUCAAGACGUUCAGUGCAGAAGCACCAGCUCCACCUCUCUGCUGGUAAGUUGGCGGCCCCCCGCGGUGAGCGGUCAGAACGGGGUCUUGGAGGGCUACCGGGUCCACUACCGGGCGGCGGGCCCGGCAGAGGGCGGCGGUGAGGCCGGGGGGCCCGAGGAGCCGCCCACGGUGCCGGCCCCUGAAGAGCAGCUGCUGCUGCAGCGCCUGGACAAGUGGACCCAGUACCGGGUCAGCGUGGCCGCCUUCACCGGGAGGGGCGCCGGGCCGGAGAGCGAGCCGCUCCUCUGCCGCACCGACGAAGACGUUCCCGGCGCUCCUCCUCGGCGGGUGGAGGUGGAGGUGCUGAACGCCACCGCCCUGAAGGUGGCGUGGCGCUCGCUGACGCCGGGCCGGCAGCACGGGCAGAUCCGAGGCUACCAGGUCCACUACGUCCGCGUGGAGAGCGGCGAGUCGCGCGGCCGGCCGCUCAUCAAGGACGUGAUGCUGGCCGACGCCCAGUGGGAAACGGACGAGACGGCUGAAUACGAAAUGGUCAUUGGAGGACUCAAGCCAGACACCACCUACUCCAUCACGGUGGCAGCCUACACCACCAAGGGGGACGGAGCCCGGAGCAAACCCAAACUGGUGGUGACCAAAGGGGCCGUGCCUGGUCUUCCCUACCUGUCAGUGGCCCAGGACUCAGAAACAUCCGCUGUGGUCCACUGGGAUCCUCCAGAUCUCACCACUGGCAUGGACCUGCAGGGCUACCGGCUCCAGUUCGGCCGGAAAGACGUCUCUCCGUUUGCCACUCUGGAAUUUGCUCCCCAAGAACGGCAGUACUCUGUGGGCAACAUUCACCGGGGGGCCACCUAUCUCUUCAGAGUCUCAGCCAAGAGCAGGGGCGGCUUUGGGGAAGAGGCCGUGGUGGAACUCAGUGUUCCCGAGAAGACGCCCGGGGGCUACCCUCAGAUGGACGAGGGCUCCAACGUGACCUGCUGCUCCGUGCAGCUGUCCUGGUCCCCCCCCGUGCUGGCGGAGAGGAACGGGCUCAUCACAGAGUACACUUUGGCCUUCCAGGAAGCCGGUGCAGCGGGACCACCGCAGGAGCUCCGCUUCCCCCCCAGCCAGUCCAGCUAUGUUCUCAACAGCCUCAAACCCAACUCGGCGUACGAUGUGAAAAUACGUGCACACACCAUUGUAGGUCCAGGGCCCUACAGCCCGCCCAUCCAGUAUCGGACCGUGGCCUCUGACCCAACAGAUGUUCCAAAGAAUUUUACCGUCAAGUGGGCCACCAAAACCACGGUGGUCAUCGCAUGGAAGUUUUCUGAAAGCAGGUCUCCAUACAAAUGCACGAUUGAGUACAACCGUCAGAAGAUGGACGUGGAUGCCCGGCAGAUGAGGGUUCUGGUCACGGGGCUGAAGCACAACACCACCUACGAGUUCAGGGUGGCCUGUCAAGAAAGCCUGGAUGGAGGGCCACGACACCGCGUGGUGGCCAGGACCGCUCCCCUCAUCCUGGUCAAGAAACCCAAGCUGGACAUCUACGCCGAGCCGGACAACAUGCUCACCAUGUCCUUCCCACCGGUGGAUACCAAGGCGGUCAAGACCUUCUAUGUGGUUGUGGUGCCACUUAAGAGGACCUCAGGAUCUGUCAAAAACCUGAAAAACCCAGAUGAGAUGGACAUGGAAGAGCUGUUGCGGGAGGUGACCCCGAAGCGCCGCUCCCGCCGCCAGCUCGCUCAGCUGGACCAGAAGAAGCCCUACAUCACCGCCUGCUUCAGGCAGCUGCCCUCCAGCUUCACGGUGGGGUCGGACCACCGCCACAGCAGCUGUGAGAACAAGCCCCUCGAACCGGGCCAGGAGUACGUCUUCUUCCUGUUGGCUGAACUCAAUGCCACGGGGAAGACGUUUGCCACCAGCCCCUACACGGACACCGUGAUGACGCCCAGGCUGGAGGUGAAGCUCCUGCAAGUCGAGACGGGAGACGGCCUCAUCUGGGUGGUGGGCCCCGUCCUCGCCGUGGUCUUCAUCAUCUGCAUCGUCAUCGCUAUCCUCCUCUACAAAAACCGCAAGAGGAAAGAGGCGGAGCCGCGCACCAAGUGCCUGCUGAACAACGCCGACAUGACCCCCCACCACCCCACGGACCCCGUGGAGAUGAGGCGCAUCAACUUCCAGACUCCAGGUAAAACUAUAAAAUAAACAGAAAGAC